AUGAAACCGAGGAGUCUAAAGAAGUCGUUAUUAUUACUGUUUAUUUUAUUUUUUAUUGGAGUAAAAGGCCUGGAAUUGCCAGGUAGUUGUAAAACUAGCCAGUAUUAUGAUUCUGGUGUUAUGAUGUGCCAAUCAUGUCCUGCUAACGUCUCCAUGGUGGUUUCUCAAGAUGGUUUCUCAUGCACAUGUGAAGAGCAUAGCGUACCAGUUAGUAUUGGGCGGUGUCGACCAUGCAAUGCCACCGAAGUGGUUUCGGUGGACGGGCGUAGUUGCGUGCCGCGGCGCUGCCAGGCCUCUUCGGGGAAAUUGGUGUGUAGGAAAUGUCCUGUUGAUUAUAUCACUGUAACACACGGCCUAGACGGCUCUCCAUUGAAAGAGAUGCAAUGCGUAAAGUGCGCGCGUGGUUAUCGACCCUACAACAACGUGUGCGUGCGCUGCGAGUCCUGCGUAUGCGCACAACAAGAGAUCGUCGUACGAGGGAGGUGUUUGCCGAAGCGAUACGUCAACGACAGACCGAAGUAUGACGAAACGAAGAUGCAUCCCAACGAGCUGCUUGACAUCGUGAAGCAUGAGUAUUUUUGUACUAAAAAUGACCUGUUGGCUUGUCGACAUCUGGCGAGCGAGUGUGUGAGAAGGUUCUACUCUUUGGACCUGGCUGGUCCGUGCAGACUAUGGAUACAGCCUAAAAUACCACAGCCUAAAGGUCUGGCAAAAUUGUCUAUAGAAACUACGCUCAACGAAAAGGAUCCUACGGAAAUUGACCUAGCCCGUGGAAUGAACAAAUUAAAUCUAGCACUUGGAGUGUUUACGUCUGAAGGUCGACUAGAGAUUCUACGUGACCCCGAUCUAACUCCGCCCUGUUUCCUUCCCCUCAGUAUAAACAUCGGGAAAGAUUAUUCGAUUGACUGUCGCAUGAACAUUUCCCAACUGCAGCCUUCUUUCAACGAGACACUAUCUCCAUUUUUGUAUACCGAAAAUGAUUUGAAAGUACUGCCCGUAUUACUACGCCAAACCAACGGUCAAUAUGUACAGAGAGGAACAUGGCCUGGUAAAUUCCGACGGUAUUUUAUAAUACACAAUUCGCUUUCAUUCACGUCCAACAUGACGAACACGAUAUAUUUACGGACCCUUCUAAUACGUUUACGCAUUGAACGGAAUAAAUUGAAGUCGACAUCGUUGCAAUUACACAUCUCUAUUGAAGCCCAAUAUGCUGGUAAAUCUCCCUUGUCACAGUCCAUCACUACCACAUUGAGAGUGGAACAUGAUAUGCCCAGCGCUGGGGUAUUACGUGGUUUGGAGAUUUGGGGCGGAGUCCUAGGCGCUCUGCUGUCGCUGUAUGCGGUGGCGCAGUGGCGGGGCAACCUGCGCCGAGGGGGCCUUCACUUCACCAUCGUCCCCUACAUGGCGGGAGCUAUUGCUGAUGCACUUUACUUCGCGGCUUGGUUCUCUACCCUUCAUGCCCUAGCGGCUGAAGCGGGUGCGCUGGGCCUGACGCUGCCGCUUUCCAGGUCGGAGGAAUACAUGAUCAGGGCGUUCGUCUACUCUGCUGUAGGGUUGAAGGCCCUCAAGGUGGCGUGGAUAAACUGGAACCAGUGUAGAUGUGACAUCUUCUUCAUGGAUUGGUCAGAAUAUAAUCCGCCCAUGAAAGAUACACCAGUGAUUGACAAGAGUGACAACUGGCGGACGUCGACCCUGGCGCGGGAGUGGAGUCGGCUGCAGACCAAAAGGAGAACUUCCCCAGCCUAUACCGUCCCACUGACGCUUAUCAUCGUAUACCUCAUGCGCCCAUGGCACGGGUACCUCCCUCAAAACCAAGGAUACAAGUGGGCCGUGGGUACCCUGGCGUGGUGGAGCGCCUACGUUAUCGUCACGGCUCUCCGUUGGCUGAUGGACAGGGUUCUUGGGGCCCCCACUGCGGCCCUGGCUCGACUGUGCACUGGCUUGGGACUUUCUCUGCUGGUGUUUCAAGAAGAGUACUAUGCUCAUUAUGUGCAUGGACGUAACGAUGACUCGGACGCGAGGUCCCUAGCAGGACCUUUAGCCGCGUGUCGCGUCGUCUGUGCUCCUCAACUGAGAGUCGUUUAUAAGCAGCUGUCUACGCCUGGUCUGGGAGGUUUGGUAGAAAAAGGACCGAGAAAAGUGCUUCUAUCAAAAUUUUUGGCGGCAUUUUUUGAAAGGGCCUUGGAUGGUCUCAGCUGGGUGGCGAGCGAGCGCACAGUCCUGGAGAGGCUGUUGGACGUGGAGCUGGUGGCUCGCGAGCCUGGCAACACCAGCGCCUUGCUGUACGACCCUGGUGAUGGAGCGCCGUCCUGCUUCAAUGUCACUUGGUGGGGAGAAGAGUGGAGCUUAGGAUCGUUCGACGCCAUGAUAUACGGAUACGUUUUCAUGACUACUGGUGACACGCUUGUUGCAGGGCUGGUCACACUGGUAGCGUGGCAGAUUAUGAAAUUAUUAAGAUCCUCGUUCGGUAACAAGAAUCAAAGGGAGAAGACAGAUGUUGAUCUUAAAUUAUAGGAAAACCAGCAGAUAACAAAGUCUAGAAGUUCUAUAAAAGUAUGUGCGACGCCAGAUAUGGGGAUACACCUUUAAUUAAGAAAGUCAAAUGAUAAUAAAAAUCAUAGUAAAUUACAGAUUGGAUAUUCUUAAAUUUUGUAUCGAGUGCUUGAGAGCCCUCAGCCAUAUGCAUGCAUAUCUAUUGGUAUAUCUACAAAAAUCACGUGAUUUUUGACGUGAUUACAAAAACACAAAACAUACAAAAAUAAUCUAAUCCGAUUGAAUGAUUGAAACCCAAGCGGAUGAAGGCUAUAACAGAUUCUAUUUGAUGAACGGCCGGUUAUUUUACAUUAUAGAUGACUAUCGACUGAACCUACAGUUUGAUUGAUUUUCCUUGUAUGCAAACCGUGAAAUUAUGCGUAUAAUUUUACGAACUAAACUAAGUAAGUAUCUACAGAAAAUCCUGUUU